GUCAUAAUUUACUAGUCAUUAAAAGUGGGUGCGCCGAGCAACUCCCGUUGGUAAAUCAGAGAACGGACUUUUUUUUACGCAAAUUGGGAAGGAACAGAAAGGUAUACCGUAUACACCAACGCCGAGGAAGCUGUGCUGGACUUCUCCAGUUCUCCUCUCAACUCCAUUACGAAAAUCGCUGGAUGUGUUGAAAUUUCUCAAGACUCAUGGCGGUUGCGGAUCUGGACCAACGUCAAUAGAGUCAUUUGGAUUCGAAACCAACGACAAGAGAUCUACUUGUUGGUGGUUGAUUCCCUCAAUCGUUUGCCCGCAUCCCAAAUUUCUAGGCUUUUGCGGUACAAUAUUGAAAAUCUUGCGGAGGCUUAUGGUAAUUUAGAGGGCUGAGGUUGAAAAAAUGUUGCCUAAAGCUGCAAAUGCGUCUGUUCGGGAUCGGACUCUUGAAUUUCAGAGCACUGCCGAACGGCUGAAGAAAUCAAUUUCUUCGGUGCAUAAUGCUGCGAGUAGUAGUGCCCUCAGCAGUAGAUCGGACCAGAGGUCUUUAGUCUCCAUUCAGUCUGAGUUCAAUAAAAGGGCGUCGAAAAUAGGGCUGGGUAUACACAACACGUCGCAGAAGCUCUCGAAGCUUGCUAAGUUGGCAAAAAGAACAUCUGUUUUUGAUGACCCCACCACAGAGAUUCAGGAACUGACUGCAGUCAUCAAGCAAGAUAUUACUGCACUGAACUCCGCUGUAGUUGAUCUUCAGCUUAUAUCUAACUCGCGUAGUGAAAUUGGAAAUAGUGAUACUACUACACAUUCAACUACAGUUGUAGAUGAUUUGAAGAACCGCUUGAUGAGCGCCACCAAGGAGUUCAAAGAUGUCCUAACCAUGCGUACAGAGAAUUUGAAAGUUCACGAGAACAGAAGGCAGUUAUUUUCUUCUACCGCUUCCAAGGACUCCUCAAAUCCAUUCGUUCGCCAGCGUCCAUUAGCUGCCAGAUCUUCUGCUAGUACCUCUACUCAUUCUCCUCCUCCUUGGGCUAAUGGGUCAGCUCCUUCUUCACAGUUAUUUCCAAAGUAAGAUGAUUAACUAUGGGAGCUGAUAAAAUUAUGAGAUCGCUCAGUCCAAGUUUUCUGCCUAUUAAUUUUGUUUUCAACAGGAGAAUUUAACAAAAAAUGAAUCCUAUCUUUCUAUUGUGUGGUUUGUACCAUAGAUAUCAUGUGAAGCAAAAAUCCAUUCCCAAAUAGUUUAGUGUGUUAUAAUGUUCCUGUUUGAGUUUCAAUUGACAAGUGGCCAUUUCUAGGACCCAGUAUUUAACAUAUGUUCUAUCACAAUUUGCUUUUACAACUUAUUCUACUAUAUUCAGUUUCUGUCGUUUCCAGUUUUAAGAUGUGCAUUGAGGAAUAGCUCUCUGUAGAAAAUGCAUUGUUCACACAAAAAAUGGUGCCAGGCUGUCGCAGCUGAAUUGAUGAAACAAAAUGAUGGAGAAAGUCAACCGUUACUGCAGCAGCAGCAACAACAACAACAACAGAUGGUUCCCCUGCAAGACAGCUACAUGCAAAGUCGGGCUGAAGCCCUUCAAAAUGUGGAGGCUACGAUACAUGAGCUUGGCAAUAUUUUUAAUCAACUGGCCACCUUGGUUUCAGAACAAGGAGAGAUAGCAAUCAGGAUUGAUGAGAAUAUGGAGGACACACUUGCAAAUGUAGAAGGGGCACAAGGGGCAUUACUCAAGUAUCUCAACAGCAUCUCAUCUAAUAGGUGGCUAAUGAUUAAGAUAUUCUUUGUGUUGAUUUUCUUCCUCAUGAUCUUCCUUUUCUUUGUGGCAUAGUAAAAAUGAGGUAAUUAUAAACAGCUUUUUAUAUUGAAAGGAGGUGAUGACCAUGCUAGUGAAUAUCAAAUACUUUUUUUUUCCUUUAACCCCCAUCACAAGUAUUUUUGUAUUUGUUUAGUGAAGCAAAACAUACGUAUAAGAUGGCGCUGUUUGUUUGAUAAUAUGUGAACCAUAUAUGAUUGUGUUUUGAAAAUUUUGAUCUGAAACUGAAUAAAUAUCGUUGUAAAGAUGGAUAAGAUGGAAGACAUCAACCAC